AUGGCAUCCAUUGCCGGCAAGGUAUUUGCACUUACCGGAGCGGCGUCAGGGAUUGGUUUGAAUACAUGUUGCCAGCUGGCACGACUCAAAGCCCGCGCCGUCUCUAUCGGCGACGUCAACCCAAACCUGUUCGAAGAUGCGAAGAAGACGUUACUGGACAUCAAUCCCGACCUGCAAGUCUUGACCGCCAAAGUCGACGUUUCUUCGAGCGAAGAGGUCAACGCGUGGAUCCAAGACACGGUGAACACGUUCGGCGCCCUGGACGGAGCAGUCAAUUGCGCCGGUGUCAUCAACCAGGGCAGCACAUCAGAGCAGACACCACCCCUGUUUCUGAAUGAGACGGAUGAAACGUGGAAUCGAGUGGUCGGCAUCAACCUGAACGGUGUCCUGUAUUGUAUGCGAGCCGAGGUCAAGGCCAUGAUGGAUCUGCCCAAGGCACCCCGAAGCAUCGUCAACGUGGCCAGCGCGGCCAGUUUGUUCCACGAUCCAACAAUUCUGUCGUACUGUGUCACGAAAGCAGCGGUCGUUAGUCUCACCACCACGGUCUCGAAGGAGCUGGAAUCGUUGGGCAUCCGACUGAAUGCCGUCUCUCCCAGCGCGACAAAGACUGGAAUGUCUCUGCAGUGGUAUAAGAACGAGGAAGAGGCGGUGGCCGAUAUGGCCAAACGCGGCAUCACACUGCUUCAGCCCGAGCGAGUCUCAGACACUAUUGUCUGGCUGUUGGGUCAGGAGUCGGAUGGCAUAUCGGGCGUCAAUAUUCCCAUCGGUGCAAGUGCUCCUUGA